UAAAUAUUUGUGGUUUGUUCUUUCCAGAUGGACUGUAAAACAGCUGAUGAGCAAAAGAAACAUGAGGCUAUCCAUCGUCUCCUUAGCUUAGAGCUGGAUUUUAUCGACUUCAUGCAUGCUGGUAUUCAGCGGUAUUCCCGACCCCUCCGACAUUGUGUACUUUCAGGAACACAGCACUCUGCAGUCUUUCAAAAUGUUGAAAAACUUGUUACGAUCUCGGAGUACCAUGUCAAGCAGAUGCAGGAAAACUCUCCAUCUGUGUGGUCUUUGUCCGACGAUGAUUCUCAGUUGAGUGGAAGUAGCCAUUUUGCAACAUCGAUUGCUCUGAUAGUGCAGAUGCUUUGUCAAGCACAUGAAAUGUAUGCUUUGGGUUUACGUGAACCCAAUCGAGUCCUGUCACAAUUACAGCACAACCAUGACUUUGUGCGAUUUGUGAAGGAACCAGCACUGGAGCCUGGGCAACCUAGCAUCAGUGCAUUUAUCUUCAAGUCUCUACAGCACAUCAGGGAGCUGUUUGUGGUCCUGCAGGACAUCUUCCUUCACACCCCGCCACAGAGUCCUGAUCACGCUACUCUGAAGCAGGUGAUUCAAGUUAUGAACAACUGUGUCACCAACAUCACCAGCAUGAGCAAUGCUAGGGUCCAGAGCCUGACAUCACUGUCCUCCCACACCAAGAGUUCCAGCAGCUGUGGAUGUUCUGGAAGAGGCGGCUUGGCAUCAUCUUCUUCUGACAGCUCAUCUAAAGGCAGCAUUAAUUGUGGCAGCAGACACAGUCAAGAAAAUCUGCCAUUGGUGCCAUCAUCUCUGCAGAGAUAACAAUCUUUUGAGCAUGAAGUGAAAGAACUUGAAGAUAGACUUGUAUUUCCUCAAAAGAGUCUCGUGUUUCAGCUAAGCCAAGAAGAUCGACACAUCAUCUUCCAGGGAGAUGUUUUUCACUGGUGCAGUGGCCAAUGGGCUAAGGUGAUGAUGGUGCUGUUUUCAGACAUUCUUAUGUUGCUGAAGCCAGAAAAGGCCUGACAGCUGCAUGUUGUAUCUGAACCCAUUCUGCUUCGAAAUAUGUGUAGCAUAGAAACAAGCAGAAAACAUUCUACAGAGAUUCUGUUACAACAUUACACAAGUCCACGCAACACCAUUCCAGCUUCACAGAAAAUAAUCUUUCGAGCUCCAACACUAGAAGAUAAGGCAGCAUGGAAAAGUCUUCUGGAACAGAAAGUAUUGAGAGCAAGAGGGGGUCACAUCGAGAACGUGGGAACCAGCGAGACAUUCAGAUCUGGCAUCACCUGACCAUCAUCCUCUUGACCUCAUGGUGUAUCUUAUUCUCCCAAGCUGCCAAAAAUGGUUUGUGCAUGUGGAUUCUGCGAUGUGUGCCUGAGGUGACAGGAAGUGAAAUGUAUUGGGUGCACAUCCUGACAAGACAACAGUGUUCAUUUUGGAUUUUGUGCCUGUGACAGAAUUCACCUGCUGUAAAUCAUAUUGGAAGAAUUAGCACUGAGGCUACUUCAUUUCAAGAGCUUCUUGGCAAAAACUUCUGAGGGCUGUGUGUAAUUUAUUUCAUGUUAAUUUCGACAUUAUUUAUGAGGCAUGGAUGUUGAGAUGGACAACUAGCAUGACUAGUCAAAGACCUCGUAAGACUUUUAAUGUCUAUUCCAGCUCCUGCAAAUGCUUAAGAACCUUCUGAUUGGAAAGGAAAAGAGAGGUGUUACAGAACUGCAUGGUGGCUGCUUUAAGAAUUGACAUCUGCAAAGAAAAGUUUACUGCAACGAGUUAAAGGUCCCAAUUUAAAAAUUUCAAACAUCCUUAACAGCAGAACAAGAUAAAGACCACUUCCACUGUGAUUGACAGACUGACUUUAAUUCCACAGCUGUGGUGCAUGGAAUGCAACAUAGCGUCUUGUGUACAUCCAGUGUGCAAGCUCUGGACAUCAGUAGGUGGUUUGACACCACUCCAGGAAUCUUAGAGGUGCUACAAAAGUGAGAUCUAGCAAGUGUUGCAACAUAAAGAUAGUGUACUUCUGAUAUAAGGUGCAAAUUAUCACAAAGUAUCUUUCUGCAGAUUGUGGAUAACCUGCUAGGUGAUUAGGCGACUAAAAAGUGCCAAGUCACAAGGAAUGACAUGUUUUAAUGAAAAUUCAUUUUUCCUGGUACCCUGGAAAAAGUCCCGUGUUUAUAAUCUUUACAUGCACCUGUGUGAUCUGCAGUGAGGCAACACACAAUUGGAUGCUGCUGUAGCAUACGUUCAGUCAUUUGCUUCAUUCAAAAAGAGUAGUUCCAGUAGAACGUUUCACUACCUGGUCAUGCUUUUGGAUAUUCAUCCACCUCAGACGAUGUUGCAAGAAGUUCUUUGUAUUUUCCAGAUCAUUACAAUUUGAGAUAAACUGUUUCAAAAGGAAAAGUUUUGAUUUAGGAGCAGUGUUUAUGAUAAUUUUUAUGCUAAACAAAAUUUCUUUUAAAGAAUCCUUGAAAUGUUAAGUAGAGAUAUGGCAUCUUUUAAAAUUCUAGUCAAAGCAGCAUUGACAUCCUGGUGGGGAUAAGUUAGCAUCUGCACCAUCAGGAAAUAUUGACAACUGGAAAGUAUUUUUUUUUAUGGAAUGAUUUACUGUCUUUCCACAAGUCAUAUUUUUAUUCAGUGUUCUGGCUUUUUUACUUAUUUUUUUCUGAAUUGCACAAUUUGCAAACUUUAAGAAAAUGAAGUCUGCAGCUUAACAUCUUUUCUCCUUUCACAGUCUUCUUUUCCAAUUCUUGUCCUUUUCAGUUUCUAUCAGAGAUUUAUGGUUUUAUUUCUGCUGCUUAUUUAUAUUGUUCUCCUUAACAUAAGCAAUAAUUGGAUAUAUUGAUGUAUGUGCUAUGUUUAUACAAAUCCCACUCCUUGCCAGCCUGUAGUGGCAGGCACCCUAUGUCUCACCAUUUUAUUUUUAGUUGAAUAAAUAAUGUAUUCCUUACACCCUCUGCAUCGUACAAUAUUUUUCACCAGUCUCUUGAAUAAUAGAGUGUAACUACACCUUGGCAUGCAGACUCGCACACAUACAAACUGAGGUUAAAUCAGUGUGCAAAUAAUUUUUCAUUCAUGCAUAUGUAUUUCACUACCUUGAAGUACAUGAAUAUAGUGUGCAUUUCCUAUACACCAGAACUUUUGUAUGCAGGAAACCCCAACUGGACUAUUAUCACGAUAGCAGAUGAAAAUUAGUAUACAGGGACUCCCAAAAGCCAGCUAUUGUACAACAUGGUGAUGCAAAAAAGGGCCCUUGCAUCAAAAUUUACAUGCACUAUCGUGACGAUAGUCCAAUUGGGGCUUCCUGCAUAUGAGGACUGAUGAAUAACAAAGCUUGCCCUGUCUGCAACAGACUAUGACAAAAAUGACUGUUAAGAGCUAAGUAGAAUGUUGUUUUUAUGAAAAGAUUGCAAUAAUUAUACUACCUCACUGAUGCCUAUGAUACAAGAAUUGGCAUACAUACUUGAUCUUAAUUUUUAUUUUCAUGCUGAAAAGUAAUGGAUUUUGGCAGAAUCUGAUGUCGUUUAUCCACUUUGUUCACACCAAGAUACUGUAGAUCAACAUUGUCAGCAGUCCUCAACAUGCAUCAGUUGUCCCACAUCAUUUUUAGUGAUCAGUCAUCAAACAACUUUUCUCAAUUAAUUAUGCUUCUCUCCUUUCCUUCAUACUGUUGUUAAUUUUAUGGUCUUCCUCUCUUAAUUAUUCAAGAGCACAAUUCUUUAAGUUUAUUUUUGACAAUCUUCGUUACCUAAAGUAUUUAAUUUUUCUUAUUUCUUCACUGUAGUCUGGUCACCAGUUUGCAGGGCACAAUAUGAUAAAAAUUCAUUUUUUGUUGAAGUUUGAACCAGCAAAUAAAAAAGAAAACACCAAGUA